GUAAUCUCUCUCCGCUAUAAAUGCCGCUGUCGUUUAUCUCCUGAUGGCCCCUCUGUUUCUGUCUCUUCCGGCUUCCCCAUAUCUGGAUCUAAGGAUCCGCUUUGUUUCCAGCGAAGUUUUUAUUUUGUGUUUCUGGUACGAAAUUAUCGGAAUUCUUAUCCCGUAGAACAUCUUUCUCCAAGUUUCGAUUUUUCCGGCGAGUAAUUUGUUUCUCCGACGACUUUUACAUGCCAAGAGCUCUUCUUUGUGGUUAGAACACCCACCAUCUCAGGCCUUUAUGAACUCCGGCUCCUUUUUUCAGAGGAUUCGCCUUCUUCAGUCCUUCUCUGUUGUUUUCCUCUACUACUUCUAUGUUAUCUCAUGAAUUAGCUCACCUUUGCUCCAAAUAACUGAUUCUCAAGUCAUCCCGAUCUCUAUUUUUGCUCAAGAUUUUCUUGUUUUGAGAGAGAUGACGACUGAGGAAAUUGAUGAGAGGAAGCGGAAGAGGAUGUUGUCCAACAGGGAAUCUGCGAGGAGAUCUCGGAUGAAAAAGCAGCAGCAUUUGGAUGAUAUGAUGAGCCAAAUCUCUCAGUUCAAGGAAGAAAACGAUGGGAUUUUGAACCAGGUGAAUCUGAUCAGUACGAAGUGUUCUACGCUUGAUGCUGAGAAUUCAGCGAUGAGGAGCCGAGUGAUGGAACUGACUGAAAGGCUGAAGUUUCUGAACACCACUCUGAAGCAGGUGGAGGAGAAAAGUGGGAUGGCAAUGGACAUCCCUGAGAUUCCAGAUACAAUACUGAAGCCAUGGCCUUUUACUUGUUCAGUUCAGCCAUUGUUAAGGUCUGCCUAUAUGUUUCAGUGCUGAUUUUUUAGCUAUUAUGGUAGUGAAAUGGAAUAGCUGUAAUCUAUUUUGGUUUCUGUGUUUAAUGAAUUUGAAUUCUCUGCUGUUAACAACUGCAAUCAAUGGCUGCUAUUGGAAUCAAGGUUUUGUAGAAUGAUGGUCUCCUUCAUUUUGUGUA